UUCAAGGGAUGGGGGAGCCUCCUGCUGAUGCAGGGAUAAUGUCGUGGAAGUGGGAUCUCAUGGCCCUGUCACCCAGCAACUGUUAGUCCCAGAGAAGUGCCCACUUUCCAGUCCCCUAACCCUGCAAGCCCAGACUGUGGGGCUCACACAGGUGAAGCAGGUGCUAGCUCAGGAAGGGCUGGCAAGAGAACUGAUUGGAGCUGGAGAGGUUUCCUCAGCACUCCCCAUAAAGUCUGGAGUCUGAAUUGGAGGACGGCCCCAUGCGCCCUGCAGACGUGACCAGAGAUGGAAUCCCAGCCCAAGGAGGCAGGAAGUUGGCUGGGUCACUGAGCUGACUUCAGCUGCUGGCAGUUCAGAUGAGCUUCCAUCCCUUCCCUUAGUGCGAGUGAGACCACUCCAAGGAGGUGAGGACCUCAGACCAGGAAGUGCCAAUGCUCUCUCAUGCUGUGCCCGACACAGCAAAGCAGGGCCUUGCUGCAGAGACAGCGGGAUGCAGGGGAGAGUUCUCCCUAUCACAUCUCAUGCCUGCCCAGUUUGUAGGGCAGCAGGGACGUACCCAGUGCCCAUAAAAACAUAUCCCCUGCUAACGGCAUUGCCUGGGAGGUCUCCAGGUCACGGUUCAGCUCUGGGUGUGGGAGGGAAAUCUAGCACAUGUAGCUCUGAGUCCUCUCCUCCUCUGCCUCUGGCUCCCGCGGAGGCUUCCAGCGUGCUGCAGCUCUGUUCCAGCAGCCCUGGUGCAGGCCACAUGGAGCCACAGUCUGGACCACUGGGAAACAUACCCAGGCCACAGAGUAAUGUGUGUGGCGGGGGAGAGAAUAUCAUGCUGAAUCCCCAUGCCCCUGGGGGGCAAAGGCCACAAUACAAACUGUCUGUGGCCCAUAUGCCUCCGCCCAUCAGGCAAAGGCCUCAGCUCAGGGUUCUGCCUGAGCCCCCUCUCUGCCAAGGCCUUGCCAUAGGGCCUGCCCCAGCUCUAUCCUACUGCUCUUGCCUGUUUUUAAGCCUGGCAUUGAAGGCCUCACAGCAGGCCCUGCCCCAAUUGCAGUGUAGUUCUAUGUUGGGUCCCUAUGGCUUGUGGGAGGGGAUAGUUCCUUUACACACCAGUGCAUGGCCUAGAAGGGACUGGUCUCCAGCCACAGGGAGAUGUUGCUGCUGGAGAGAGGCUGUCCCAGGGCUUCCCAGACACACAGCACCUGCUCUAUUGAGGAGGCAGUGGUGUCAGAGUCUGUGCAGGGAGCCAUUCCCCCGAGGAAAUGUGCUACUCCAGCCCACCCUCAUCACAUCAUCAGCCCUGAACCCGGGCAGAGUUCUCCCUCCCUAUCCCAUGGCUGGCAUGGCAACCUUUUGCAGCCUCCUGUGCCCUCCAAUGACUGCCUCGGACACUGCCAUGGCGGUUUCCAGUGAUGCACUCCUGGGGUGGGUAGCAGGCCAUCUGGGAUCCAGGGGUUAAAUACGUCUGCCAACAGGAGCCUAGUGGGCAGGAUUCUAAACCUGAGUUCUGUAGUGUCCAUUAUGUCACAACCCCACCCUAGAGUGCACAGAGCCAGGCUCAGCAGGUCUUUAUUGCUUGAAGCCUUGCCUGUGCCCGCGUCACAUGGGGGAGACACUUCCAGUCCAAUAGGGUUAUAGCCCCCACGGCUCAGUGGCUGCAGCUGUUACUCCUUCCCACCAAAGUGGGCAGCAUGCCAUGGCCCAGGUUCCCAUGGGAGUGUGGUGCUUAUUCCCCUAGGACCACCUGGAAAGGAGCUGACCCAAGCAACUCAGAAACACCAAUGAAACCACCAAGUUCUUGUUCUGUAUGGACAAAAGAGUGUGUCUGGCAGAGAGUCUGCACCGCUCACUGCCCAUCAGCCAGGGAGGCAUUCAUGGCAGACGAGUACCCAGGGGUGAUUAAAGCUGAACACCUCCUCUUAGCACCCAAACCCCAGGGUCCAUGUGGCAUCACCGUGGACUGAAUUUUCUCAUCUGGAACCAGCAUUGCUCCUAGCCAAAAGGCUGAGGCCAAGCCAAGCCCUCUCCCCCACAUCUACCUUCCUCCAUCAGAAGAAAAGAGAACGGCCUCCACUGGAGGAAUGACAGGUUUGCAGCCUGCUCCCCUGGGGCCAGGAUGCUGUCUGUGCAGCCCCAGGAUUGAUGAGAAUCACAGGAUCCAGCGUCUUCCAGGAACUUAAUCUUCAAGCAAAGCAAUUUCAGACUCUUCCCUCCAGGUGCUGCUCAGCUCCUGCCAUGGGAAUACCGGGGGCAGGGCAAGUGACUCCCUGCAGCAGGGUCUUUUCAAUAAAAGUCUCUGGCUCAAAGGCAGAAGGGUCACUGUGGUGGCUACUCCAGUGCGUGCACAGGGCUUGGGAGCCAACUGCUAAAGCUGAGGGACAGACCCACUAGCACAGGCUGGGACGCUGCUGUAGGGCUGGGCAGGGGGAACAGAGGAGACAGAUUUUGAUGCAGGACAGUGACAAUGGCAAAAGGGGGGACAAGCAGAGGUUGUGUUGGAGCUGAGGGAUGAGUCCCAUUGGCUCUGCUCCUGGGAUUUUCUUCAGCUUCCCAGUUGCUGGCUCCUAAAAGAAGAAAGGCCUCUCCUGCCCCAGGAGCUAGGGAGCCUCAUGCUCCCACCAGCCACCUUCAGCACAGACCUGUUCCUGGGGGCAGGGCAGUUCCAGAGACAGCAUACUUCUCCCCUUGGGGGGCAGGCCCUCCAUCAUCUGUCCAUGCCCAUCAGGGAGAUGGCCUCUCUGCUUCUCUCCACACAGCAUGGGCAGUGACCAGAACUGCUGCCUGGGGGUCUCUGCUGAUGGCUGGAGCCCAGUGACAAUGCUGUUCCUGGCUGAGUCACAUGUAGAGAGGGGAUCUCUCUUACCCCCCACCCCGUUGCAUGCAUGGUCACUCUCACAUGCAUGCACAAGAAGCUGGCAGCCCACUCUCUGCUGUUCUGUGUUAUUUGCCAGAUCAAAGGGUGCUGGUGAUUCCUAGCUAGCGCAGCACUUGCUAUCCCAUCCUAUGCCCCUGCACAGGAUAUCAGCACAGGCUGGGUCCCUACUGGAAGCUGCUGCCAGGUUUGUGUCAGGAGUCCCUAUUGGGGAAGGUGAUUCACCCAUAGCCCCCCUUCCCCAAUGGUCCCACUGCUCUACAGGGCCUUGUAGUGGGAGAAUUAGCCCUCCAUCUUUGCUACUCCAUGGCACUGGUUGGGGCUGCCAGACCACCUGCACUUGGGAGAACAGGAGUUUGACAGAGAAAUGGGGCCGGUGGUCAAAGAGGGAACAGCAAAGGCCUCAUUCACUCCCAGGAUGGAGUUUCAGAAAAUGGCUGCAAGAGACACAAGAUGCAGGAUCCAGAGCACAAAG